AUGGCGACACCCGCACCCACCGACUCCGCCCCCGCUCCUGCCCACGAAAUCGCUACUCCGGAGACCCCAGACCAGCCAGACGUCCAGCCUACAACACCACAUCGAGGACUGCCCGCGCUAGACACGAAGGACGCCCCAGUGCCGAGGGUCGGCACGCCGUUGACGCUCAGCCCGAAUUCGCGCGCGAAGAAAGCCGCAGAGAAUCGAGAUGGCGAAUGGGGAGCGAACUUUUGGGUGACGCUCAUAGACCCGCAGACGGAUACACCGUUUUUUGCCUGCCCAGCCACCGGGGAAGUGAGUUGGGAUGCGCCGGUCGGGAACUUUGUUCUUCCCCCGAGUUCGGAGGGUGAAUGGUGGGAGCUCACCGACGAUACGCGGGGAGGGAUACCCUAUUACUACCAGACCAAGACGGGCGAAACGGUGUGGGAGCGCCCAAACGCGUUCGUCAUUCCAUUGGGAAUCAUCCAGAACACUGCCCUAGGUCGUAGGCUAUCCAAGACAGCCGGCAGUCGCAUGUCGAUGAUGGCAUACAAUGGACCUCCCAUCACAUCUGCGAAGGACGCGGGGAAAGCGGGCUACCGGCGUACAAAAUCUUACAACAAAGACCUCGACACCCAUUUCGACCGAUCUGUGCGCAAGUCGCAGUCCACCCGCACCGUGCUCGGCAACAAGUCCAGCUCGCUGAGCCCCGCAUCCGCCCACAUCCAAAGGCGAGCAUUCUCCAACGAGACGCGUCUCCUUGCUCACCACGGACAUCACCACCAUAGUCGUAUGGGGGGAACCCACUUACCGCCCAUCCCGGCGUCGCCAGCGUCCUCUGAGAAGUCGCGCCCGCCGUCGUCCGCCUCCCGUAAAUCCAUGUCUUCCUUACCACAUGGGGAAUCUUCCUUGCGCAAGAAGGGCAGCCCCGGCCGACCUCACACUGGCAACGAUGGGAACAUCUCGGACAGCCCGUCCCCCUCCCGGAAGCACGUCUCGUACAUGAAGCCCAUGACGCCGCAAAGUCUCAACGCCGCUGUUGAGAAGUUGCAGGGCUCGCACUCGGACAGUGGGCACGGAAGCUCCUACAAGACGCCAUUGUCAGUCAAGUCAUCAAGUAGUCACGGAAGCAGCCAACGGCCGAGUACCCCCUCCCUCUCUUCCAGCCAUUCUACCCCGCCGCGUAGCACCGCAACACCCAUCCCUCGCACUCCCGAUCGCCCCUCAACACCAGCGCCAAAGAUCAAUGGGAAAGCCAUCAGCGGGCCAAUCAUGAACGACGCGGCGACCUUGGACAUGAGCCCCGUCAAGAAGCGGACACUGCAGCAGCCCAUCCCUGUGCAAUCCUCCGUCGUGGCGCCAUCGGUCGCGCCCUCGACAAACGCGUCACUGCGCGCCAGCGCGAUCCCGGUACUCCCCCACGAUCUGGCGAUGGAUAUACAGCAGUUCUCGCAGUCGGACUACGCGAAGAAGUACUUCUCAACGCAUCGGCGUGGGUUCCUCUUCAGGCGCACCAUCCCCGUAACGCAGCUAAUGGCGUGGCAAAAGCAACCUUUGACUUCACCGCUACAAACGCUGGAUCGGAGUCUUCACAAGCAGGCUGUACGGACGUUCAAGGUUGUGCAGUACAUCAUGGGCGAUCGCGAGAAGGAUCGGCAUAUCGGCGGGCGCACCGAAGGGUUUUCGCAGCAGAAGAAUGCAUCGUCAACAUCACUAGGGUCUACGCAGACGUCAAGCAUGCUGGAAGAGGAGCGAUGGUUGUUGGGCGAAGGUGUCUCCCAUCCCGAGCUUCGGGACGAGAUAUACUGCCAGGUCAUCAAGCAAUUGACAGGGAAUCCCAAUCCGGAGAGCGCUUUCCGGGGCUGGCAACUCAUCUGCGUUCUUCUUAUCACCUUUCCCCCAUCCAAGAACUUUGAGUCCUACCUACGCUCCUUCAUUCAGCAGCACACAUCAAAGCAGGAAGGUCGUAUAGAUGUGAUGGCCAAGUACUGCUUGCGAAGGCUAGCCGUCAUCUCCAAGAAGGGCCCUCGCGGCAAAGCACCCACCGUCACGGAGAUCGAGACUGCAUCUGACGCCGCGUUCAACCCCUCCACCUUCGGCGAGUCUCUCGACGCCAUCUACCGCUUGCAAGAGCGAAACUAUCCGCAGGCCAAGGUCCCCAUCAUCCUCCCCUUCCUCGCCGAUGGCAUCCUCGCCCUCGGCGGCACCAAGCACGAGGGCAUCUUUCGCGUCCCCGGCGACGGCGACAUCGUUUCCGAGCUCAAACUGCGCAUCGACCGCGGCUUCUACACCCUCGACGGCAUCGACGACCCACAUGUGCUGGCGUCGCUUAUGAAGCUCUGGCUGCGCGAGCUGUGCGACCCGCUCGUGCCGGAGGAGAUGUACAACGAGUGCAUCACGAGCGCGAAAGACCCGGAGGCGUGCGUGCGCAUUGUCGAGCGACUGCCGACGAUCAACCGGCGUGUUGUACUGUUUGUGAUCAGCUUCUUGCAGCUGUUCUUGGACGAGAGGACGCAGGCGAUUACGAAGAUGACGAGUGCGAACCUAGCGCUUGUGAUGGCGCCGAAUUUGCUUAGGUGCAAUUCGGAAAGUAUGACUGUUGUGUUCACGAAUGCUCAGUUCGAGCAGAUCUUCGUGCACAACCUAUUACUGCACCUCAAGUGUAACGACAUCGACCCCGACUACGCGCCACAGCACGGGCUCGGUGCCGUUCCAGCCACUUCACAAUCCCGGUCAUCCAAAUCGCGCACUCGCCGCAACCCGCACUGA